UAUUUAUGACUUAUUCAUACAUUAGUUGUGACCCAAAUAUCCUAUUUAUAUGUGUGUUGCAGCGCACACAACACACGCACACUCCCCCCAGUUCUUUGUUUCUACAGUAAUACAACCACAUCGUUAACAUCGAAAAUCCCUCUGCUUUGCCCCUUGUUCCUUCUUCUUUUCUUCUUCCACCUCAGUAAGUAAACAAUGGAAGCAAUCCAAUCUUUAUCCCUCCGUCCAUCUCCACUCUCCCCUCUUCAAAAAGACAUCCCCCAAUUCACAAAUGUAAAGCCAUUGGUUCCCAAGAAAAGGAGUAGACUUCCCUUUAUAUCAGCUUCUUCCACUGUGUCUGCACCCAAAAGAGAAACUGACCCAAAGAAAAGAGUGGUUAUUACUGGGAUGGGUCUUGUUUCCGUGUUUGGUAAUGAUGUUGAUGCCUAUUAUGACAGACUUUUGGAGGGGGAAAGUGGGAUUUCACUUAUUGAUCGUUUUGAUGCUUCUAAGUUUCCUACUAGAUUUGGUGGACAAAUUCGUGGGUUUAGCUCUGAUGGGUAUAUUGAUGGCAAGAAUGAUAGGAGACUUGAUGAUUGUCUUAGGUAUGCCAUUGUUGCUGGCAAGAAAGGUCUUGAAAAUGCAGAUCUUGGUGGUGAUAGAUUAGGAAAGAUUGAUAAGGAGCGAGCAGGGGUUCUUGUAGGAACAGGAAUGGGUGGUCUUACGGUUUUCUCAGAUGGUGUUCAAAAUCUAAUUGAAAAGGGUCAUAGGAAAAUUACUCCAUUUUUUAUUCCAUAUGCCAUAACAAACAUGGGCUCUGCUUUGCUUGGUAUUGAUCUUGGUUUUAUGGGACCAAACUACUCAAUCUCAACUGCUUGCGCUACCUCCAAUUAUUGUUUUUAUGCUGCUGCGAAUCAUAUUCGCAGGGGUGAAGCUGAUUUGAUGAUUGCUGGUGGAACUGAAGCUGCCAUAAUACCUAUUGGAUUAGGAGGUUUUGUGGCAUGCCGAGCUUUGUCUCAAAGGAAUGAUGAUCCACAAACUGCUUCCAGGCCAUGGGACAAAGAAAGAGAUGGAUUUGUUAUGGGCGAGGGGGCUGGAGUCUUGGUGAUGGAAAGUUUGGAGCAUGCAAUGAAACGAGGAGCACCAAUAAUUGCAGAGUAUUUGGGUGGUGCAGUUAAUUGUGAUGCUUAUCACAUGACUGAUCCCCGAGCUGAUGGUCUUGGUGUUUCUUCAUGUAUUCUUAGCAGCCUUGAAGAUGCUGGAGUGUCACCAGAAGAGGUUAACUACAUUAAUGCUCAUGCAACUUCCACCAUUGUUGGUGAUCUAGCUGAGGUAAAUGCUGUUAAGAAAGUUUUCAAGAACACCGCAGGAAUCAAAAUGAAUGCAACCAAGUCUAUGAUAGGGCAUUGCCUCGGUGCUGCUGGUGGACUGGAAGCUAUCGCAACAAUUAAAGCUAUUACAACCGGCUGGGUGCAUCCUUCAAUUAACCAAUUUAAUCCUGAGCCUUCUGUCGAGUUUGAUACUGUUCCAAACAAAAAACAACAGCAUGAAGUGAAUGUUGCUAUCUCAAAUUCUUUUGGUUUUGGUGGUCACAACUCUGUCGUCGCCUUUUCUGCAUUCAAGCCUUAAUUCCACGCGCCUCAGCUAGAGCAAUCUUCUGUCAUAAUAUCGAGGAAUUUAGUGUGAUACAACGUCUGUUUCAUCUCGGUGUGGCAACUUGUUGGGCAUGGCGGAGAGAGAUGAACAAUUGUCAAUUCUUUUAUGUACUAAUAAUUUUUAGCUUGUAGUUCAUGAGUUAUCGACAUUUUGACUCCUUAUAUUAGCGUGGACCUUCCGAGUUUUGGUUAGACAACAAUGCCAUCAGUUUUGAAUUAUGCAAGAGAUUUGAAAGAUGCUAUGGUCUUUUGAGAUUAA